CUUAAGCACCGCUCUGCCUCUCCCCGUCAUUUUCCUGAACCAGGGAAAGCUUCAGCUGCUCCUCUUCCUGCAGCCCCACCAUUCCCCUUCAAAUGUUGACCCUCUGCAAGGUCACCGAUUCUCUAUUCAUUAGCAAUUCCAGGUCAGCCUGCGAUGAGAAUCUCCUCGUUCAAGAGAGGAUUACGUUCUGUGUCAAUGUCUCCAGGCAGCAACCCUUCCCAAGCUUUCAGCAAGUCCAGACGCUGAGGGUCCCUGUCUUUGACGAUCCCUCAGAGGACCUGUAUCGAUACUUUGAGCGCUGCAGCGAUGCCAUAGAGGGCGCAGUCCAGAGUGGUGGGAAGUGCUUAGUGUACUGUAAAAACGGCCGCAGCAGAUCUGCUGCCAUCUGCACUGCCUACUUGAUGAAGCACCAAAAUCUCAGCCUGAAGGAUGCCUUUGAGAUUGUGAAGAUGGCCAGGCCGGUAGCAGAGCCCAAUGUUGGCUUUUGGUCCCAGUUACAAAAAUAUGAAGGGCAUUUACAAAUGCAGCAUCAUAUGGAUUCUUCUCGAAAAAUAACUUCGCAAUAAACAUUUUUGUUUUGAUUCAGAUUGUGGUGUGGGAGAACUCCUUGAAGGAGGUGUGUGUGUCCUAAGAGCUUGGAAAGACUGUAGAUGCCUCCAGACUGUCAGUAUUGUUGAUGGCAAGG